GAGCAGAGGGCCGAUGGCGGCGGCGGCGGGGUCGGGGUCGGGGCCGGGCCCGUCGGAGGAGGCGCGGCUGGUGCUGGGCGGCCAGGGCUGGCCCUUGGGCCCGGAUCGCGGGUCUGGCGGGAGGGGGUACGACUCCGCCCCGCUGGAGCCCCCGGAACCAGCCCGCCUCCGAAGGAACACCUGCUACAUCGUCCUGGCUGUCCUCCUCAACGAGAAGAAGGAGGUGCUGGUGAUGCAGGAGGCCAAGCCGGAGUGCUAUGGGAGCUGGUACCUUCCUGCCGGCCGGAUGGAGCCCCGGGAGACGGUGCUGCAGGCCCUGCGGCGGGAGGUCAAGGAGGAGACGGGCCUCCUCUGCCAGCCCCUGACCCUGCUGGCCGUCGAGGAGAGGGGCCCCGGCUGGAUACGCUUCGUCUUCCUGGCCAGGCCCACCGGUGGGACCCUGAAGACCCUGCAGGAAGCCGACGGAGAGUCCCUGCAGGCCCAGUGGUGGAACCGCAAGACGCCGGCCCUCACCCUGCGGGCCAGGGACAUCCUGCCACUCAUGGAGCUGGGCCUGCAGUACCAGGCCUGCCCCGGCCACCCUCCUGUCCUGCCGGCGGAGCUCCCUUGCCCCUGGAUCUGCCAGCGCCUGCUCCUCCUCUUCACCGGAGGCAACGGCAGUGGAGGGGACCUGUGGGUGCUGCUGGCCACGGCCGGGGCGCCCCACUUGCCCGUAGCGGCCAGCGGCCUGUCCCCCUCGGAGCUGGGGGAGCGGCUGCUGGUGGGGGUCCACCGCCUGCUGCGGAGGUGCCUGCCCGCCCCGUGCCAGGCCUCCGCCCGCGUCCGGGGCCUGCUGGGGGUCCAGCACCUGGGCAAGGAGCCUGGCCGGAGCGACGGCAUCUGCUUCAAUGUAGUGGCCACCCUGGAGGAGGCCGGCCGCCCCCCCAAGGCCAGCCCCCCGGCCCUGCAGAGCCCGGACUUUGCCUGGUGGAAGGUGGAGGACGCGGCCCUGCGCAGCAAGAUCCUCCAGCGGCUCAGCCAGGAUGCCUUCGUCCCCGUGCGCAGCUAGGCCUCUUGCCCCCCUCCACCUCCCCACUGCGGAUCGUGCCCCUUGGCCUGGACACUGAGCAGUCGCAAUUGAGACACCCCCCUGGCUGGGCAAGCGUUGCACCAGCGGAAAGGAUGGCACCAAUACUCCCCUCCCC